AUGAACGUCCUUAAGCACGCCGCCGUCCCAGGACGGUACGCCUUGGCCCGCGCCGCCGCAAACACCUCCAGAUCGCAAGUCUGCACCACACGAACGCUGCACACGACCAUCGCCAGGAUGUCCUCCUCCACACGAACCGAAACAGACGCCUUUGGCGCCCUCCAGGUCCCCGCCGACAGGUAUUGGGGCGCCCAGACCGAGAGGUCUCUGGAGAACUUCAAGAUCAACCAGCCCCAGGACCGCAUGCCGCCGCCCAUCAUCAAGGCCUUUGGCAUCCUCAAGGGCGCCGCCGCCACGGUCAACAUGCGCUACGGCCUCGACGAGACGAUCGGCAAGGCCAUCCAGCAGGCCGCCGCCGAGGUCGCCGAGGGCAAGCUGCUCGACCACUUCCCCCUCGUCGUCUGGCAGACGGGCUCCGGCACCCAGUCCAACAUGAACGCCAACGAGGUCAUCUCGAACCGCGCCAUCGAGAUCCUCGGCGGCGAGAUGGGUUCCAAGAAGCCCGUCCACCCCAACGACCACGUCAACCGCAGCGCCUCGUCCAACGACACCUUCCCCACCGUCAUGCACAUUGCCGCCGUGCUCGAGAAUGGAGUCGGAGCCUCAUCCCCGCCAUCCGAGCCUGGCGCGACGCCCUUGCAGGUCAAGCUCAACCUGCCCGAGAACGAGCCCGGCAGCAGCAUCAUGCCCGGCAAGGUCAACCCCACCCAGUGCGAGGCCCUCACCAUGGUCUGCGCCCAGGUCAUGGGCAACCACGUCGCCACCACCAUUGGCGGCAUGAACGGCCAGUUCGAGCUCAACGUCUACAAGCCCCUCGUCAUCCGCAACCUGCUGCACAGCGUCCGCAUCCUCAGCGACGGCAUGCGCUCGUUUGAGAAGAACCUCGUCGUCGGCCUCGCCGCCAACGAGCAGAAGAUUGCCAGCAUCAUGCAGGAGUCCCUCAUGCUCGUCACCUGCCUGAACCCCAAGAUCGGAUACGACAUGGCCAGCAAGGUCGCCAAGAACGCCCACAAGAAGGGCCUCACCCUCAAGGAGAGCGCCAUGGAGCUCAACGCCCUGACCGAGGAGGAGUUUGACACGCUGGUGAAGCCCGAGCUCAUGGUCGGCCCCGCCGAGUACAAACCGUGA